AUGACCGACAGUCAGGACAGCACGCUCAACAACUCGAGCAGCGAGGAGAACCCGCCUCUCAACCCUCCCGCCCGUGAUCCACAGGCGCCCUCCACCAACACCACCACUUCUGCCCUCGUCCAGGAGGGCGCUGUGUCGGCCUCGUCUGCCAAUGGCUCUCGUGGUGCCUCUCGCGCCGGCCGCGUUCACUUUGACGGCUCCUCAGACGCCUCGUCUUGGCGAAGGGACCAGCUCCAGCUCUCGCAGGCUGGUGGCGGCGGGCCAACCGUCACUGCGCGCGGUGGCGCUCGGCCCGAAGGUGGUCUCAGCCUUGGCUCGGUGCACCGCCCGAACCACCCCGGCCCGCUCAAUCUCGCCGAGCGCCUGACACCGCUGGGUGAAAAGGGCAUGCCCGACCUCUCGCGGGCCAAAGCGGACGACACCUCACCCAUGGCUCUGCCGCCCGCCGUCGCUGCCGGCCCUGUCACUGCCCCCGCACCGGUCGAGGUGCCAACGCUAUCGCUCACGGGCGCAAAAGGGCUCGAUGAGCAAGGCCUGGACAACCGUGCCUUCCUCGAGCUACAGAGGGAGCUGCAGAGGCACGAGGCCAAGAGCGACGACGGGCAGAACGGCAGCCCCACGAGCUGGCCUGGGGUGCGCGCCAAUUCCGGCGCGACCGCCCCGGAUGCCGCUCGGCAGGGUGCCCAGCGACACGCGCUUGAGCAGGCGCUCAUGGAGAGGGAGCGCGAGCGCGAAGCGCGCCGGCAGCGGCAGGCCGCCGCAUUCGCACCUGACACGCCCGGCGUCGUCUCGGCAUCGGUCAGCGGUGCCUCGACUCCCGGAGGCGCAACGAGCGAAAGCAGCUACGACCCCGCCAACGACUCGGACCUGGAUCACAUCGACCUCGUUCCCGGCGAGACCGACGGCAUGCCUGCGAGGAUCCGGAAAAAGAAGGACGAGGAGCCGGCCGAGGAGCAGCCCAGAGGCUGGGCCAAGCUGCGCAGCAUCUUUGGCAAGCCCGCCGACGACGACGAGCUCGACGAAAAGGAAAAGGGCGGCAGCGGGCCCGUCCCGCACGAAGAAGGCGGCCCGACCAACUGGAAAUCGGUGCCCGUGCAGACCUCGAGCGGCCUUCACACGCAGGAUGGUCCACGGAGGAAGCCGAGCAAGUUUGAGCGUGAGGCCGCUCGCCUGGUCAAGCAGCACAAGCUCGCCCAGACGCGGGCGAGCACCCUCAGCCGCAUCAACCGCUCGCACCUGCCGGACUCGGGCGACACCACGCCCGAUCCGAUGGAGACGAGCAUGCAGAUGGAUGCCCGGCCAAUUGCCGCGGGCGGCGUCCUCGGCAACUUGCUGCGCCUCUACGAGCAGCAGCAGAGGGAGCAGAUGGAGGCAUCCGGCCGCAGCGCCGCCACCAGCUCCGUCGGCAGCGAGAGCGAGCUGCUGAUGGACAUCCCCGCCGGCGGCUCCGAGGCUGGUGGGGCGGCCGAAGCGGCCAAGGAGGACCGCGUCCCCGAAGCCGGACGCAACGUCAACGCGUACCCCUCGGCGAGCCCAUUGGGCCGGACGAGCUUCAGCGCCGCCCCGUCGCCGGGCGGCGGGAGCAGGCCGACGAACCGACGCGGUUGGUCGCACAGCGGCAUGCCCUCGCCCGGCAUCGGCCAGACGUUCGCGCAAGUGGGCGGCAAGGUGGGCAGCAAGGUCAUCAACACGUCUUCCAAGGUCGUCAAGGGCGUCGCCAACGAGGCCGGCUUCGAGGACGUCAUGGACGAGAGGCCCAAGGCGGCUCGCUCCGGCGCCGGCGUGUUUGGCGCGCUCGUCGCCACCACGGGCAACCUGAUCGGCGCCGUCUCGCCCGCCCACGCCCAGCUGGGCCCCAACCCGAAGCGACCCGGCUACACCCUGGACCGAUACCUGCUGCCCGAGAUGAACGCCAAGACACUCAAGAGGACAGCCCAGAUCGUCGCCGAUGCUGGACCCCGUCCCCACCGCACCAGCGGCUUCAGCUCACCCAACGAGACACGUUCCCACUCGGUGCCUGGCAGCCCGCCCAUGAACGGUUUCGGCGGCGAGCGGAUCGAGAGCGGAUCGACGCAGCCGGGGACCCCGCCCACCGGUACGACGGGCGCCAACACGCCCAAGAAGCGCCCGGCCUCGAUCAUGAUGUUCCCCAGCCGCAGCAAGACGUCGACCGACGCCAACGGCAACACGCCGCACCACCAUCGCCGACUGCACCUGCCCGUGCCCGGCGCCUUGACCAAGUCCUGGACGGGCCACUCGACCGUCAACACGCCGGACGUCUACGGCGGGCCGCACGGCGACUACUUUGGCGUCGACAACGAGAAGCUGGCGCGCCAGGAGUGGCAGCGGAAGCUCAAGAAGCGGGCCAAGGACAAGCGGCGCAAAGAGGAGAUCUUCAUCACGAUGCACGUCGCCGCCAUCCUGCAGCGCCAGGAAUUCCUGCUCAAGCUGUCGCGCGCGCUCAUGAUGUUUGGAGCGCCCACGCACCGCAUCGAGACGCAGAUCCAGCAGACGGCGAGGGUGCUCGAGGUCAACUGCCGGUGCAUCUACCUACCCAAUCUGAUGCUGCUCGCGUUCGGCGACGACACGACCCACACGUCCGAGACCAAGUUCAUCAAGCAGGGCGGCGGCCUCGACCUGACCAAGCUCACCGACAUGCACUCCAUCUACUGGAACGUGAUCCACGACAAGAUCGGCGUCGGCGAGGCGUCGGCCCAGCUCGACGAGCUCAUGCGCCGGAAGCCGCUCAUCGGGCGCUGGCCCAUGGUCCUCAUCGGCGGCUUUGCGUCGUUCUUCAUCUGCCUGGGCACGGCCGGGUUCGGCGGCAGCUUUAUCGACGCCCUGGCGGCGUUCCCGCUCGGAAUGUUCCUGGUCUACUGCCAGUCGAUCAUCACCACGGAGCUCUACAGCAACGUGUUUGAGAUCGUCUUUGCGACGCUCAACUCGUUCAUCGCCGCGGCGCUCCAGUACAGCGGCAUCUUCUGCUACUCGGCCGUCGUGUCGGGCUCGAUUGUCCUGAUCCUGCCGGGAUUUAUCGUGCUCAGCGGCUCGCUCGAGCUGCAGGCCAAGAACCUCAUCGCCGGGAGCGUGCGAAUGGUGUACGCCAUCAUCUACUCGCUCUUCCUGGGCUUUGGGCUGUCGAUUGGCGUGUCGAUCUGGGACCUCUUUCGCGGCGUUUCGGACGGCAGCCAGCCGUACGACAUCUGCCGCCAUCCGACCGACAAGGGCUGGUGGCGCAAGGACGUGCCCGAGAUCUUUGCGCUGCUCACCACGCCCGGCUACUCGAUCGCCCUCAGCCUGAGGAACCAGGUCAAGGUCAACCGCAAGGAGUUCCCCGUCAUGGUCCUCAUCGCCUGCGCCGGGUGGGCCAGCAACCACUUUAGCGCCAAGAGCCCCGCCCUCUCGGGCCGGCAGGACAUUACGGCCGCGCUCGGAUCGCUCGUCGUCGGACUGGCCGCCAACAUCUACGGCCGCGUGUUUGACGGCCGCAGCUUUGUCGUGGCCGUGCCCGGUAUCCUCUACCAGCUGCCCUCGGGCCUGUCCAACACCAACGGCGGGGGCAUCCUGGGCUUCGCCAACACCGACAACACCACCACGUCCUACAGCACCUCGGGAUUCGGCGUCGCGUCCAGCCUCGUCGAGACGGCGCUCGGCCUCACCGUCGGCCUGUUUACCAGCACCGUCAUCAGCUACCUCUUUGGCGGACGAAAGGUUCGGAACGGCGGCGGCCUCUUCAGCUUCUAG